AUGAAAAAGCUUGGAUACUUACAAUUAGUAAAUAACAAUGAAUUUGCUUUAAAAACACUCAAAAUGCUCAUGGUUCUACCGUUACUUCCUGCACAAAGAAUUGAGGAAGGCUUUAUUGACAUUAAACAAUAUUCGAUUGUUUAUCAUGUUAAUUUACGCAGAUUAUUUAAUUAUUAUGAACGAUUUUGGUUGCGCAAAAUAGGUGCUCCAUUGAUAUCGGUGUACAAAAAAAAAAUUAGGACCAACAACAACGUUGAGUCCUUCCAUAAUAAAUUAAGGCAAACAUUUCAGACUUCUCACCCAAAUAUUUGGGCAUUUUUAAGUAACAUUUGCAAACUUAAUGACUUAUAUUUGAUAAAAAUCAAUCAACUUGAUAAUGGUUUGGCUAUCUCGCGUAAUACGCGUUCAAAAUAUGUGGCCAACGAUUUACGCAUUAAAACUGCAAGUAGACAACUUGCUUGA